GCUGCCAACAUGCCUGAUUCGGAGCUGUUUGAGCUGAUCUCAGAGAACCGGUCCAUGUCACGCAAGCUGGAGGAGUAUGGGGAGCAGAAGUCCACCUCCAUCAGCACUGCCAAACGCCUGGCAGAGUUCCUGGGGGACCAGAUGGUGAAGGAUGCAGGGCUGAGCUGUCGGUUCAUCAUUUCCAAGAAACCAGAAGGAUCUCCAGUCACUGAGAGGGCCAUCCCCCUCGCCAUCUUCCAAGCCGAGCCCAGCGUGCGCAAAUACUACCUCCGAAAAUGGCUAAAGAGCCCCUCGCUGCAGGACUUCAACAUCCGUGCGAUCCUGGACUGGGACUACUACAUUGAGAGACUGGGCAGCACCAUCCAGAAAAUCAUCACCAUUCCUGCAGCCCUGCAGCAGGUGAAGAACCCGGUGCCACGGGUCCGGCACCCAGACUGGCUCCACAAGAAACUCCUGGAGAAGAACGAUGUGUACAAACAGAAAAAAAUCAAUGAGCUCUUCACUUCGGAAGGCAAGAGACAGGUAAAGAGGCCCUUGGAGGGAACGCCCAGCUCACAGGUUGGUGACAUAGAGGACUUUGGGGCUCCCAAGGCCCUUUAGCCACUGGUUCCUAAUGCAAAUAAGCGGAAGCGAGUCCCUGCAGCAGAAGAAAGCCAACAGAUGUCCCAGUACCUGGAGCUAUCCCAGUCCUGGCGAGAGAUCCUGGGUCCACCUCCACCACUGGGCACCACCAAGGAAUUUUUGGUCUGGGUGCGCUACCACCAGAAGAAGUGGGAGCUGCAGGCUCGGCAGCGGCGGGAGCGGCGGAAGAGGCGGCGUCUGGAGGAUGGUGGGGUGAUGGCGGGUGGAGGAGUGGUCCGCGAUACCCUCUCCAAAGGGCUGAGCAGCUACCUGCGCAGGACAGCGCGCAGCAUCCUGGACCUGCCCUGGCAGAUCGUGCAGAUCGCUGAGACCAGCCAGCCUGGGCUGUUCCGUCUGUGGGCAGUGAUCGGGAGCGACCUGCACUGUAUCAGGCUGAGCAUCCCCCGGGUCUUCUACGUCAACCAGCGCGUCCCGAAGCCGGAGGAAGGACCAGCCUACAGGAAGGUGAACAGGAUCCUGCCCCGUUCAAAUUUAGUUUACAACCUGUAUGAAUACUCCGUCCCUGAAGACAUGUACCAAGAGCACAUAAAUGAAAUCAACGCGGACCUCUCUGCUCCGGACAUCGAGGGAGUGUAUGAGACACAGGUGCCGCUGCUGCUCCGUGCCCUGAUCCAGCUGGGCUGUGUGUGCAUGGUCAGCAGGCAGCUUGUCAGGCACCUGGCGGGGCAAGAAGCUGAUACCUUUGACAUCGACUACCUGGAGAUGCGCUCGCUGGCCCAGUUCACUUACCUGGAGCCAGGAAGCAUCCGCCACAUCUACCUCUACCACAGCUCCCAGGGCAGCAAGGCGCUCCUGGGCCUCUUCAUCCCCGCACAGCGCAAAGCUGCCGUCUUUGUGCUGGACAAGGUACGCAGCAACCAGAUGCCGAAUCUCACCACCCUCUUCUCGGCGGAGCGCAGCGCACUGCUGGAAAAGGUGGGUGAAGAGUUGCUGCCCCCGGACAAGCACACCUUCGAAGUUCGUGCUGAGACAGACCCCAAGGCCGUCUACAGAGCAAUCCAGCGGCUGCUGCUGGGCUACAAGGACGAGCGCCGGGGUCCCACUUUGGUGGCUGUGCAGUCUAACUGGGACCUGAAACGGCUGGCGAGCGGGAUCCCCAUCAUUGAGGAGUUCCCCUUGGUCCCCAUCCGGCUGGUAGAUGACAUCAGCUACUCGGUGCUGGACUGGCAGCGCUAUGCCGCCCGCCGCAUGAUCCGCCACUACCUCAACCUGGACACCUGCCUCUCCCAGGCUUUCGAGAUGAGCAGGUACUACCACAUCCCCAUUGGGAACCUCCCAGAUGACAUCUCCACCUUCGGCUCCGACCUGUUCUUCUCACGCCACCUCCGUCGUCACAACCACUUGCUGUGGCUCUCGCCUAUGGCCCGCCCAGACCUGGGGGGUAAGGAGGCUGACGACAACCGCCUAGUCAUGGAGUUCGAUGAGAGAGCCUCCGUGGAGAUAAACAACCCCGGCUGCUACUCCACAGUGUGUCUGGAGCUGGACAUCCAGAGCCUGGCUGUGAACACGGUGUUGCAGUCCCACCACGUAAACGACAUGGAAGGAGGCUCCAGCAUGAGCAUCAGCUUUGACGUGAUUCAGCAGGCGUCCCUAGAAGACAUGGUGACAGGGAACCAAGCUGCCAACAUCCCAGCCAGCUAUGAUGAAACUGCCCUCUGCUCCAACACCUUCAGGUAUGACUUUAGGAGUGUCAUG